GAGAGAACUUUCUAGUUUUCCGUGGAGACGUUCUUGAGUAUUUGGGAUUUAUUGACUGUUUACACGCCUUGCAGCCAAUCAAGCAUAUUCACGCAGCAUUCGUAGGGGCUAGUCUACUAUAAAGUGCUGUUUUUAAUGUGUUUUCCUCGGGUCACUCCAUUAGGAGUGCGCGAUCCACCUGCGGUUCGGUCAUGGACUACAGUAACCUGAUGGCGCCUCCGGUUCCCCCACACAAGCCCCAGUCUCCAUCGGCCGCGCACUGCCAGGGCCGCCUGCUCAAGUGCGUGUUUCUCGGGGACGGGGCUGUGGGAAAAACCAGCCUGAUUGUGAGCUACACAACCAAUGGAUAUCCAACAAAAUACGUCCCGACAGCGUUUGACGACUUCUCGGCGGUCGUACAGGUGGAUGGACAGCCAGUGAGGCUGCAGCUCUGUGACACCGCAGGACAGGAUGAGUUCGAUAAGUUGCGUCACUUCUGCUACACGCGGACCGACGUUCUCCUGCUGUGCUUCAGCGUGGUGAGCCCCGCUUCCUUCCAGAACAUUGGUGAAAAGUGGGUUCCUGAGAUACGACGGCGUUGCCCGCUCACCCCUGUGAUACUAGUGGGCACCCAGUGUGACCUUCGCCAGGACGUCAAGGUCCUUAUUGACCUUGCAAGGCGCAGAGAAAGACCUGUCCUGGAGGAGGACGCCCGAGCCUUGGCCGACAAAAUAGGAGCAGUGUCCUACAUUGAGUGCUCUUCCCUCACACAGAAAAACCUUAAGGAGGUGUUCGACGCCGCCAUCUCUGUAGGGCUCCGACACUCAGACAGAAGAGCAAGACGGGAGCGCAAGGUCCACAGUACUGCUGAUAAAAUGAAAAUGCUCUCAAAGUCAUGGUGGAAGAAGUAUAUCUGCAUACAGUAGCCGAGGUCUUCUGAGGUGAUGAACAAUGUGAUGGACUCUUGCUCAGCAUCACGCUCCUCAAGUGGAUGAUGCUCAGUUGAUCGUGAGUUGGCAAUGGACAGUGUGCUGGUAAAUUACCUUGCAUGGGAUAAAGAUUUUCUGCCCAGAGCCACGGAGUAGGCGAAGAUUACUUUAUUGCCUGUGUUUCCGAUGUUGGGAUUAGGGUCAAAUCUGGAAACUUACCAUGGGAACUAAUGGAAAUAUAUGGGAAUUAAAGGGAAUGAACAGGAAUUUACAAAAAUCCAGACUAGCUUACAAUAUGUAAUUUUUUAUAUUUGAAAUAUUCACCAAUCAUAUGCUCUCAGGGGAGAGGGGGAUUCCCAAAUCCACUUUAAAAUGAAGACAAAUUUCUGCAUUUGACUGUAAACAUUACAUGCAUUCAAGUAGGUUUUGAUAUUACAACUAAUGCUACAACUCUGCAGGCACAGGACGGUAACAUAACGUCAGAUUGACGUUGUACCCCAACAUACCCCAACGUCGUAGGGAUGUUGGAUUUUGAUUGGAAAUGAAAAUCAGGUUGACGUCAGGCCAAAGUCAGUAUCUAAUGUCCAACCUAAAAUUAACUAAAUAUCAACAUCUACUUGUGUUGCAGCCUGACGUUGUGUGGACGUUACCACAAUGACCUCCAUCAAAAAAAAAACAAAAAAAAAACUGAACUACACUGUUCCAAUUUACUAUGACCUUUUAUGUGAAGCUGCUUUGACACAAUCUACAUUGUAAAAGCGCUAUACAAAUAAAGGUGAAUUGAAUUGAAUAUCAGACGUUGGAUUUUGGUCACUUUCCAACACAACCUGAAAUCAACCGAAUAUCAACGUAAUUUGACGUCGUUAUUGGACGUCAAAAUAACGUUGUCCUUAGACGUUAAUUUGACAUUGAAUUUUGGUCUCCUAACGUCAUGUCCUAAAUCUAACCUAAUAUUAACAUCUUAGGAUGUUGUGUGCCUGCUGGGAAAGUAGUGCUAAUUGUAAAAAAGCACAUUUAGUUCAUAUUAACUUACGCUAUGUUGUGCUUCUGUCUUCCUCUAGAAAGUUUUCAUGCGUCUGUACAGUAUACAUUACUGUUUUUAAUGUUUAUAAUCAUCAAGCCUGAAUUUAUUUGAUCAGUUUACCUUUGUAUGUGAUAGUUUACAUUCCCCACAUUUUGAAUUCCUGUAAAUUCCCAGUAAGUUUCCAAAUUGGUAAGUUUCCAAAAAUGUUGCAGAUGAUGUUCCCAUGGAAACUUUCUGGAACUUUGUAGCCCCUUUGUUUAUGCUAUUGUUUAUGCUACUGUUUCUGGAAAUCGGUCACUGGUUCCACCCUCUUGAUGACAUCAUACAUGUCAUUAAAGGCAGCAAGUGAUUAUUGGUUUGACUGUCAAUUGACAGACCGUUAACCACAGAUCAAACAGAUCUCAAAGUCAGCAUUCGUAUCAAGCUAAAAACAUACCACAAAACAGACAAUACACCAAAUGUCAAACAACACGGCAUUGAUUGUGAUUGGCAGAGAGAAUACUCGUCACAAGGUAAUUAUGAUUGGUAGUCCUGUCAAUCAGCAGCCAAUAGUGCUCCAAAUGUAGGUGGUAUCUAAAAGUGAAAGUGACAAGUCAGAGAAAGAGAGAGAGAGAGAGAGAGAGACCGAAAGAAUAUACACGCACAAAAUACAGUGUAUGAUUUGUAACAUGCUACAAAAAAAUUGUAAAUCAUAUAAUCUUUACAAAUUAUGUAGUCUGAACCUGGCAUUAAAGUCGAAUUUUGAAAUUGAUGUAUAUUGACUACAUUUCUGAAUGGGAAAUAACAAAUGUAAAGCAGUGUAAUUUGGAAGACUGGACUUCAAUGCACAUCAUCUCAAAGGCUUAAGCUAUUUUGAAAUGUCUGAGCCAGAUUUUCUUUUGUCUUUAAAAUGAUUUUGGUAAAAUAACUUCCUAAAUCUCCAAAUUUUACUUAAUUUUGCUUCAAAUAACUCGCCAGUUGUGUUUUGUCUGUGCUCUGAGGCAAAAUAGAGCUACAGCGGUUUCCCUGGUUGCAGUAAAAUGUAAUGGUUUGCAUCAGUUUCCCAGAAAGACACAUUGAACAGAUGGAAUGGAAACCGUUUUUUUAUUCACAAAUGUUUUAUGCAAGACUCCAGUUUUUAAAUGGAAACAUCUAUUAAGUGCUUGCAUAAUGUUCAUAUAUCUGCUGACUCUGAACACUCAAAAUGGCUGAACUGGAACACUGCUGACCUCCUCCGCAAUCAACACCAUAUGAUUAUGGUUUAAAAACCAUCUGCUUUCGUUUAAUAACCAAAUACAGUGCCACACUUUUUAAUUUAUGUCUUCUACCUGAUAAAUGCAUGUGCAAAUGUUAUGUGACCACGUUAAUGAUGCUAGCAUGCUAAUACUGGUGAUUUAAGCGCUAUUGUUUUUGUUUGUUUAACCUCCAUUUCUGCAGUUUUAUAAGUCACAUGGCCACUCCAAGUGGAGCAUAUAUGUCAUAAUGUUUAAAUGGUCACUCAGCAAUCAUUUGAUCAAUUUGAUUGUACAUAAAGGGUGUAAUUACCCUUGUAUCUUGGUUAACGCAGUUUUUCAAUGUGAAAAGUAUGUUUGGUGAACAGUAGAGCUACAGAAUGAUUCGCUUUAUAUGCUGCAAUGCACUUGACUUGAUCAAUACUGAUGUGCCAUGUUGUAAAAAGUCUAGGACAAAGUUUUUUGGUUAUGUGUCCUCCUGGUUAACCAGCAGUGAUGGGGAGGACCAGCCAAUGAGCUGUUGAAUUUGCUUCUCAUUAUUCAGAAGCCCAAUCAGAAUCAUUUUGUCGCAUUGGACAGAGUGCAACAGUGACGUGACCGUUUUGUGUUUUCUGAUUUAAAACACUAAUCUAAUCAAUUGCAUAUUGGCAACAGCAUUUCAAUGCGUUUAUUUUCAGGAUCAAUCUGCAAAACAGAAAAUUAAAUGAGGAAGAUGCUUCCAGAUCCAAGGCCAAAAACCGAGAGGUCGUUCACUGUUGCGCUCUUUACAGCUGCACAUCAUCAGGAAAUAGCCUCUGAUCUUUAUGUUUAAUUGUCAGCGCAAUAACUUUAUCAGGGUAAUCUACUUUUAGAUUUGUACAUUUUAUGAUUGCAUUUAAAUUUCUCUUACUCUAUAAACACUCCUGAUAUGGUACCGCGUGUGUGUGAGUGUCUGACUGCUAUCCAUGAUUUUCAUGGAAAAUAAAUGUGACAUUAACUGAAA